GCUGAAGAUUUUCGUAAAAGAAUCAAAGAGAAAGAGAAUCUUUUAGAAAAAAAAUCCAAGGCAUUAAACACGGUACAAUCAGCUAAACGACAAAUUGAACAAGAAUUAACUGAACUCAAAGAUCAAAUCGAUAUAAAAGACAGGAAAAUAACAUUAUUACAAAAAAAA